AUGAUAAUGAAAGGUACCAUUUUGUUCAUCAUCAAUGCCUUGUUCUUGGUAAUGACUACUGCGCAAUUCAAUGAUGAUAUCAAUACCAACAGCAUCAGCUUUGUGACACCUAUCGCUGAUACCCCUCCCCCUACUCUUGCUACAACCACUGCAGCUGAGAGCGACAAUACGAAUGCAAUUUUGCCAGCUGUUACCAUGACAGUGACAGAAGUAUCUACCAUAACCACGUUUCCAAAGCAAACCACAGCUACUUCCUCUACCACUGCGACUACCACAAGUAAUGAUGCAUCAAGAUUAUUCAUGAUGAAGUCAUCUCAGUUAGCGGCCAUUGUCGUAUUGGCGUAUUUGGUGUUUUUGAUCUAG